AUGCCCAAGGCGUCGAGAAAACACUUCUCAAAGAAGCCUGAUCCUUCAGCCACGGGUCAAAUAAACAGAGUGUUUAAAUUUAAUACUGAGCUCGGCCAACAUAUACUUAAAAAUCCUCUGAUUGCACAAGGUAUCGUUGAUAAGGCCGAGAUUAGACCCUCAGAUGUGGUUCUUGAGAUUGGCCCUGGUACUGGUAAUUUAACCGUUAGAAUCAUGGAAAAGGCAAGAAAAGUGUUUGCAGUGGAAGUUGAUCCUCGAAUGGCAGCUGAGUUAACUAAACGAGUUCAAGGAAAACCCUCUGAAAAGAAGUUGGAGAUUAUCAUGGGAGAUUUUAUGAAGUUAAAAGAACUACCGUAUUUUGACGUUUGCAUAUCGAACACGCCUUACCAAAUUUCAUCUGGUAUUGUAUUCAAGCUACUUAGUAUGAUUAGACCACCGAGAAUAGCCGUGCUUAUGUUCCAGAGGGAGUUCGCCAUGAACUUGACCGCUAGACCUGGGGAUGCAUUGUAUAAUAGAUUAAGUGCUAAUUCUCAGAUGUGGGCCAACGUCAAACAUGUUAUGAAGGUGGGAAAAAAUAAUUUUAGACCUCCACCUAAGGUUGAAUCGUCCGUGGUGAAGUUAAUACCCAAGAUUCCAAGGCCAAAUAUUGAUUUCAAUGAAUGGGAUGGCUUACUCAGAUUUUGUUUUAAUAGAAAGAAUAAGACGCUAGGAUCCGUGUUUAAAAAUCGUAAGAUAUUGAGCAUCUUGGAGGAGAAUUACGGGAGAUAUAUGGCCUAUAUGGCGGAGAAAAAUGGAGAAAUGGUUACUGUCAGUAGCAAUGAAGAUACGGCAGCGUUAGUGAAGAGUAAUGUUGUCAAGGUCCUUGAGGAAACUAACUACAGUUUACAAAGGGCAUCCAAAAUGGAUGAAACUGACUUUCUUAAGCUUCUCUACGCCUUCCAUAACGUUGGUAUACAUUUUGCUUAA